GGAUUGCCGGUGUCUCUUUUUUCACUUAUGCAGAGUUGGCUCCUGCAGCUUCCCAUGGUGAGCGUGGUAACUCGGAGGAGCUUGGCCGCCCUGCGGCUCUGCGCCACAGUUAUUUUACUUGAUGUAGCCGUCUGUCAAGGAUUUGUAGAAGAUUUAGAUGAAUCAUUUAAAGAGAAUCGAAAAGAUGACAUUUGGCUUGUAGAUUUUUAUGCACCAUGGUGUGGCCAUUGUAAAAAACUGGAACCGAUUUGGAAUGAAGUUGGUCUUGAGAUGAAGAACAUUGGUUCUCCAGUUAAAGUUGGAAAGAUGGAUGCUACUUCCUAUUCUAGCAUUGCUUCAGAGUUUGGAGUUCGAGGUUAUCCAACAAUUAAGCUAUUAAAAGGGGACUUGGCAUAUAAUUAUAGAGGACCACGAACUAAAGAUGAUAUUAUUGAGUUUGCUCACAGAGUAUCUGGAGCUCUAAUUCGGCCACUUCCAAGUCAGCAAAUGUUUGAACAUGUACAGAAGAGACAUCGUGUAUUUUUCGUUUAUAUAGGUGGAGAAUCACCUUUGAAAGAGAAAUACAUAGAUGCUGCUUCAGAGUUGAUUGUAUAUACAUACUUCUUUUCUGCCCCUGAAGAAGUAGUUCCUGAGUAUGUGAAACUGAAAGAGAUGCCUGCUGUGCUUGUUUUCAAAGAUGAAACUUACUUUGUUUAUGAUGAAUACGAAGAUGGGGAUCUGUCAUCAUGGAUCAACAGGGAGAGGUUUCAGAAUUAUCUUACUGUGGAUGGCUUCCUCUUGUAUGAACUUGGAGACACAGGAAAGCUUGUGGCUAUUGCAGUUAUCGAUGAGAAAAAUACAUCAGUUGAACAUACCAGAUUAAAGUCAAUUAUUCAGGAAGUUGCCAGAGAUUACAGAGACCAUUUCCAUAGGGAUUUUCAGUUUGGCCAUAUGGAUGGAAAUGACUAUAUAAAUACCUUGCUGAUGGAUGAGUUGACAAUCCCGACUGUAGUUGUACUGAAUACUUCAAACCAGCAAUACUUUUUGCUGGAUAGACAGGUUAAGAACGCUGAAGACAUGGUCCAGUUCAUUACUAACAUUUUGGAUGGCACAGUAGAAGCCCAAGGAGGUGAUAGCAUUUUGCAGAGAUUGAAAAGAAUUUUAUUUGAUGCCAAAUCUACGAUUGUGUCUAUUUUCAAGAGCUCACCGCUUAUGGGCUGCUUUCUCUUUGGCCUGCCACUGGGUGUCAUCAGCAUCAUGUGCUAUGGAAUCUACACAGCGGACACGGAUGGUGGCUAUAUAGAAGAACGAUACGAAGUGUCCCAAAGUGACAUUGGAAGCCAGGAACAGAUAGAAGAGAGCACAGAACAGCAGGAGCCCAGCCCUGGAGGAGGCCCCGUGCCUGCAGUGCAGGAGCCCAAGGAUGUGUUAGAAAAGAAGAAAGACUGAGGCUGUUGCUGCUAUAGAAUAUGUGAUAGGAUUUCAGAUUACUAAAGAGCCUAUUUAUUGGAUUUAGACCAUUUAAUCAUGAUCUUUACAGAAAAGGACAUGUUACUUGUAUUUUGCUAAUAUCAGCUGCAUGGAUUAAACUAGUCCUUCCAUAAACAGGGAGACGUUUGGAGUGAAUAGAGGAGCAGUUUGUCUGAAACACAAUUGAAGCGCUCCAUCAAAGCGAACCUGAGAGAUGCUGCAGCAGACCGGAUCUAUCUGCAUGUUUCUCUAUCUGAAUAUUCUGUGAGGAAGUUAAGAGUCUUUGGCAGAAUGUGUAAAUUGGCCAGGCAGGUAGAAGAGACAUGGUUGAUGUGGGAAAAUAAUACCUCCACCUCCUACCGACCAUUCUCAUAUAUUUUGGACAAAAUUUAUAUGGUUACAAUUAAGUCUGUAAAAUUAGGCACUUUAAAGAGACCUAGUAAAUUUUUACAUAUAUCAAAUGAAGAUUAUGAGGUUAAAAAUAAUGCGGUUUUAUAUAGCAUAGUGGUUUUAUUUUGUUAUUUUUAAAGGAGAGGAAAUGUUACUUUUUAUACUCUGUUGCAUUAUUAUAAUAUAAAAUUUUGAUAUGAGCUUGUAUAGUGGGGAAAAAAUAGUCUUGCGAUUGACUUUUGAAAAAUAAACAGGAUUUACUGGGCACAGUGGUUUCAGGCCAUGCCCUAGGAAACUCCUAAGACCUGUCCUGUGGCCACUGCAGUGAGAGGAGGGUCUCUGUUAACCCUACCCUGCUUUCGCCAGAAUCACCUCAUAUUUUUGUUUUGUUUCAUUUCCAUUUUAUAUAUUGAGAUUUCUUCUAAAAUUUCCUUUGAUAAAAAUCUGCUUUUUGAAAAGUAAUAUGUAUCAUAUCUUUGUUUAUGAUAAACCUUGAUAGCUGGUGGACCAGAAUAUACAUGUGUAUAGCUGGACCCAUGCCCAAGAUUUAUGGACACAUCUGCUGUGUAAUGCUGGGGGUGUGUCCAAACAGUCAGAACCAAUGAAGAGAUUGGCAAGUAACCCAUGUCUGUGAGUGAUUUCUUAUCUUCUAUGUAUAGUUAAAUAAUGUAGGAAUUCAUUCCCAAGUAAUGUCUAAAAACUGGGGGAGGAGGUGGUUUAAUAAUAGGUUGAGGUUUUAUUGUAAAUUGUUAUUUUUGAGGCCUUCAUUUUAGCUAAGUUUAGAAUUUUUAUUAGGUAACUAUUAUUUGCAUGGUUAUUCAUUGAGUAAUUUAGUUACCUAUUAUAAAACAUUCUAUUGGAAUGUAAAAAAUGUUUAGUCAUUUUAAAAGUUUAUAAUUCAUGGUCCCGACACUGUUGGCCACUAGACUAUUUCUAAUGCCACAUUCAUCAGGACUAAAUGAAAUUACUAGUAAUGGUUUUAUUGUAUCCAUGUUCUCUUUUAUUAUUUAGUAACUAAAUGCCUACUGUUUAUGUUUGACACUCCAUUAUUAUUGUUUUUUUUUUUUAAUGAAACAAAUAUUCCAUCAAUGUAUUUCAGGAAAUACUAGAAUGAAAUAUUCGAAAGUGGAAACUGGAGAUAAAUGCUAUUAAAUUAACAAGUAGAAUGCUCCACAGAGAAUAAUAAAAGAUUCUUUGGCGGAAGAUAAAUAUUAAUACUUCCAGUGGCAAAGCUUGUUUUGAAGUAGAAUAAAGCUUAGGUAUGUACAGGUGCCAUGCAGUGAGGAAGUGAAAACUUAGCAGUUGGAGACAUGAAGAAAUAGUUAGAGAAAAUGUCAUUGAUUAUUUUUCUUCUUGUUUAUCACUAUCAGAUGUUGGUCAUAUGAGUAUUUUUGUCUUGUUGAUCAUCACCUGUAAAUGAAAGACCUCAAUAGGAAAAAAAAAGAGUAGAGCUCAACAUCUGUGAGCGACCAGAAUCCAGGGACCUUCCUCUGUGUUCCCUCGUGUCCUUUCCGAAUGAGGGGCCCAGUUCUCCCUUAGCCUUUCACAGCCUUGUACUAUGACUUCGUGUUCUGGUUUUAGUUUUAAAGUGUGUCUACUGGGAAAACAAAAUAUGUAGGUGGCUUAUAAGGGAAUAAUUUUAUUCCUUUUUAUAUUACAAUUUUACUUUUA